AUGACGCAUAUUGUCCUUAAUCAAGAUCUGGCGAAGACGCUGAAGGACAGAGUGAUUGUCUUGACUGGCGGAUCAACGGGAAUUGGGCGAGCUGCGGUCGAGCUAUUCCAUAGCUAUGGAGCAAAGGUAAUGUUCGGCGAUGUCAAUGACGAGCUUGGAAAGGGCCUUGCCACCCAACUAGGCUCAUCAGUCGAGUACCGACACUGCAACGCCACCAGCUACGCCGACCAACUAGCACUCUUCGCUGAAGCCGAGAAGGCUUUUGGAAAGGUAGAUGUGGUGUGCGCCAACGCUGGCGUCGGCGUUCACGCGGAUAUUUUCGCACCCGAUGCAGACUGGCAGACUGAGCCGUCGAUGAUAGAGAUCGAUGUUAACUUGAAAGGCGUCCUGUUCUCGGCGAGGAUAGGAAUGGGUUACCUGCGCAAGAACGGCGGUGGAGAUCUCAUACUGACCAGCAGCAUCGCUGGAUGGAAGGAGUGCUCACAUCUUGUGACCUACACGGCGUCGAAGCAUGGUGUGAUCGGGUUUAUGAGAGGGCUGUAUCAGCAGGCAUGGGAGGAGAAGAUUACCGUCAACGUGUUGUGCCCGUGGAUGACGAAAACACGAAUGGUCCUUGGUAUCGAAGUCGGAUGGCGCAAACUUGGUUUGCCUGAGAAUGAAGCCAUCGAUGUGGCUCGAGCUAUGGUCAUCUGUGCUAGCGCAAACAGAGGGCCGGCGGGCCAAAGCCACGGCGGAGCAGUAUCGCCUUUCACUGGCAAGAUACUUCAUAUAGCUGGCGGCGAGGCUUACGAGAUCGAGGACAACAUCCAGCGUCUAGAGCCUCAGUGGCUCGGUGAGUCGAACAGUGCUGUGUUGGCCAAAGGACAGGCUUUCCUGGCAGAUCCUCACACAAGUUGGGACGCCGAUGCACAAAAGACUGGAGCUCAGGUUGGCACGCAAGAGGUGUUCGUGAGUCCAGUGCACGCAACGGCAACAGCGUGA